AGCAUCAACUCCGGACGACACACACACACACGCUCACACUCGUUUAUACGGACUGACGCCUACGUGUCGGUAGGCAAAUACACACUCCUAGGAGCAGUUUCGUCCGUUGAGCGUCAUACAAAGCACGCGCAUGCGUAAACACCGUAGACAUGCUCGUCGAUGACCCCUUCAAUGACUCGGUGAAGGAGAUGCGCGAACUCGUCGUUCGGGCGAGGCUGAUGGAGCAGCAGGCGACCCAGACGGGUGUUGUCACUCCCUCCACGGUGAGUGAGCUGAAGCAGAUCCAAGACGACGUGGAGGAGCUGCUUCAACUUUUAAAGGACAUGCUGCGGGUGGUGGACGAUCGAGGUGGGAAGGUGCAAGGAAAGGUCUUCUCGGCGAACGAGAUUAUGGAACGGCAGAACACGGUACGCAGUCUCGAGGGCGACGUCGCGGACAUCCGCAGCUUUUACAAGAAAAUUGCUGCGAGCAGCGCCCAACGGCAGCGUGCGGCGGAGGCGGCCGUGGCGAGUGCCGCCGCCGAGACCCGCAACAGCAGCGGCGGUGCGCAAGACGAGUUCAUCACCGCGCAGACGUACGCGCAGCGCGAGGAGGAAAAGGUGCAGGAUGAAGUGCUGGAUCGUCUCACCUACGGCCUUCGAGAACUGCGCGAGACUGGGGUCAACAUCCAUGAAGAGCUCGAUACGCAGGAGACGAUGCUGAAUGAGGUGGAUCGCGACAUAUCGGGGGUACAGGUCCGCCUGCGAGCUGCCAAUGCUAAGGUGGAUAAGCUAUUAGCGAGUAUGUCCAAUAAGGGAAAGGUGUGCACCAUUGUCACGCUCAUCUUCAUCCUCGUUUUUCUGGCGUUUUUCGGGUUUAGUUAA